AUGCCACCCUCUUCGAGUGAAGCGACAGUGAAGGACGCACCGUCAACAAGCGCGCACACAAAGAGCGCUCGCAUACAAACACAGUAUCCGCAGCUCUUUGAUAAUGACGGAAGAAAGCCAGACACCUCAGAUUCGCCAGUUGUUUCGCCAAAUGUUGACUUCCGCAGUAAUAACUACUUUAUGGGCAUGGAGAGCUCAGUGCGCUUCGAGGGCAAGACUCCGCGCGGUGGACAAGGCGGCAGGGCUCCCGUGGUUGCUGAUCGCAUGAAGAAGCUCAAUGCAGUGCCGAAUAAUGUACCAACGGUCUCUCCUGUUGAAGCAUUUCUUGAAAUGCCAAGUAUGCCGGCGCCAUCUAUGAAGCAUGGUUCCUCGAACGAAACCUCUUUACCAACAGCAUCGCGCGAGAGCUCUGCGAAGAGUGAUUCAAUCUUUGCUCCUCCUCGAGCUUCGACUCAAGAUCCCAGAGCUGCUUCCAGCAGCACGACUCCCUCCGCUGGGCAUUCUGAACCAUCAAGCAUCAUACCAGUUCGCCAGAAUGGGCAUCAGGCGCCCCGGCCCGUGCAGAAUCAAUACGGAGCUUACUCUCAGUAUGGUGGUCCAAUGGAUGUGCGCUCGUACCAGCCCGCAAAGCAAGCUGACCACUAUGAUGCUGCCUAUCAUGGGCCUUCUGCCGUGCAAGCUCUACAAAACAAGGAUGCCAAUGCCAGAUUCCGAACGCUCAACAAGGAAGACUCUUCUAUAUCCAACAUGUCUUCUAUGUCAAGCGGCUACGGCGAUAGCGAAAGCGAGCCAAGCGCGUCUCAGCAAUAUGCCCUUCAACAACAUCAGCAGCUUCUUCAACAACAGCAAUUACCGCAGCACACGCCAGCAUCUACCAUGUUUGCAUGCGAUGAAUGCGGUCGCAAUUUUGAGAAGCAAACGUCGCUGACUGCGCACAAACGCGUUCACAACAAGGCGACAGCAUCGGCUUCACGCUCCCCGACUGGUGUCGCUGGUGAUGUCGAUGACGGCGACGAUUUCGUGCCGCCACCAGAUGCAGACGAUGAGCGUUCUGGUUCAAGUUCAGCGCAAUUCAGCAAGAAUGGCCCGCAUCGGUGUGAUUGGAUCAUUCCCUCCACUGGACAACGGUGCGGCACAGUCUUUUCACGUCCAUACGAUCUUGUCCGGCAUCAAGACACAAUACACGGAAAGAAGCGGAAAGAGUUUCGCUGUGAAAUUUGCAAGUCUGCUGCUGUUGAAAAGGUCUUUUCUCGCAAUGACGCGCUCGUGCGGCAUAUGCGCCAUGUACACAAUCGGGAGCUCAAGAAGUAG